GCUGCGCACCGAGCCCCAACCCCGGCGACCCGGUGCAGCCUGGGGGUGGGGGGGGGACCCCCGGGAGCGCGGAGUGAGCCAUGGCCACCACCAAUGGGGCCGUGGAAAACGGGCAGCCCGACAAGAAGCCGCCGCCGGCCCUGCCGCGCCCCAUCCGCAACUUGGAGGUCAAGUUCACCAAGAUAUUUAUCAACAACGACUGGCACGAAUCCAAGAGUGGGAAAAAGUUUGCUACAUAUAACCCUUCCACCCUGACGAAAAUCUGUGAUGUGGAAGAAGGCGAUAAGCCCGACGUGGACAAGGCUGUGGAGGCCGCACAAGCCGCCUUCCAGAGGGGGUCCCCGUGGCGCCGACUCGAUGGCCUGAGCCGUGGCCGGUUGCUACACCAGCUGGCCGACCUGGUGGAAAGGGACCGCGCCAUCUUGGCUACGCUGGAGACCAUGGACACGGGCAAGCCGUUCCUCCACGCCUUCUUCAUCGACCUGGAAGGCUGCAUUAAGACCCUGCGAUACUUCGCAGGGUGGGCAGACAAAAUCCAAGGCAGGACCAUCCCCACGGAUGACAACGUGGUCUGCUUCACCAGACACGAGCCCAUCGGCGUGUGCGGGGCCAUCACUCCAUGGAACUUCCCCCUGCUGAUGCUGGUGUGGAAGCUGGCGCCGGCCCUCAGCUGCGGGAACACGGCAGUGCUGAAGCCGGCCGAGCAGACGCCCCUCACCGCGCUCUACCUGGCCUCGCUGAUAAAAGAGGUCGGGUUCCCUCCAGGCGUGGUGAACAUCGUGCCAGGGUUCGGACCCACGGUGGGCGCUGCCAUUUCGUCUCACCCCCAGAUCAACAAGCUGGCCUUCACCGGGUCCACAGAGGUUGGGAAGCUGGUGAAGGAGGCGGCCUCGCAGAGCAAUCUGAAGAGGGUGACGCUGGAGCUGGGGGGCAAGAACCCCUGCAUCGUGUGCGCAGACGCAGACUUGGACUUGGCUGUGGAGUGUGCACACCGCGGAGCGUUCUUCAACCAGGGCCAGUGCUGCACCGCCGCCUCCCGGGUGUUCGUGGAGGAGCAGAUCUACCCCGAGUUCGUCCGGCGGAGCGUGGAGUAUGCCAAGAAGAGGUCCGUGGGCGACCCCUUCGACGUGAACACGGAGCAGGGCCCGCAGAUAGACCAAGAGCAAUUCGACAAGAUCCUGGAGCUGAUCGAGAGUGGGAAGCGGGAAGGGGCGAAGCUGGAAUGCGGGGGCGCGGCCCUGCAGGACAGCGGGCUCUUCAUCACGCCCACCGUCUUCUCCGAAGUCACCGACAACAUGCGGCUUGCCCGGGAGGAGAUUUUUGGACCAGUGCAGCCAAUACUGAAGUUCAAAAGCAUCGAAGAGGUAAUUAAACGAGCCAAUAACACCGACUACGGACUGACAGCGGCCAUCUUCACCAAAAACCUGGACAAGGCCCUGAAGCUGGCAUCGGCGCUGGAGUCCGGGACAGUCUGGGUCAACUGCUACAAUGCCCUCUAUGCCCAGGCUCCGUUUGGUGGCUUUAAAAUGUCGGGAAAUGGCAGAGAACUAGGUGAAUACGCGCUGGCCGAAUACACCGAAGUCAAAACUGUCACCAUCAAACUCGACGACAAGAACGCCUGAAAGAAGGCAGGCUCCCGGCUCAGACACCAGAUGACCGAAGGUGGCCAAUGAAAAGCGCAAGGAAACCAUCUGCCGUCUGCCCUCCGCCCCCUUUCCCUAGACCCUCGCUUCCGAACGCUCCCACGCUACCCACCGGAGCUGAAUAGUUUUCACUGUCAUCUCCUCCUCUCGUUCUGUUACUACUCAAGCUCUGGAUGCCCACCGUCAGGCUGGGUGUGGGAGAUCACUCCUGCCCGACGGGGGAGCUGUGGAGCCGUUUCUGAGUGCGCUUCUGGGGCAGGUGUUGGGAGGUGGCAAGCUCUGUGAAUGCAACCUGGUAUUAGAUGUGUCCAGAUGUGGCUUCUGGUUAGAAUUUGGAAGGGUAGGCCCAUCCGGAGGAAAGGAUUAGCACUGAGAUGAAAACACAUACAUAAGUGAAAGAGCUUGGAGGAUGUGAUGCAGGGAUCUUCAGGGGGAGGGCGUCCUGGGACCUGGGCAUGCAUACGGGUGUGGACCUUGAGGACUGCCAUUGACAUUGACCUUGAGGUUCACCUUGAGACGAAUCCAGCCUUUGGAAUAGGAUCAAGCUAAAGGACUCACUCUAAAAUAGUGUCCCGGGGUACCUUCACACGGGCACUUUCUUAGAGGGAGGACAUCUUUGCUGUUGACCUAGUAUCCUCACGCCACAAUGACAGAACAAAUGUUAAGAGAUGAGUAGGCUCCAGCGCUGACCAAUCAGAGUCAUAAUCCACCUUCUUUUUUCUUUUUUACAAAACCUGUGCACCACUACCACCUUGGAUAAUCCAUUACAAUGAGCCUUUGUGCUUUGCAUACUUACCCACAGUUCCAUCGUUCAUUUUGGCUAGUAAAAUGCACACACUGGAAAGGCCAGGCUUAUAAUACAGCUCUGCUUUUUGAAAGUCCCAUCCAGGUAUUCAUUUAAGUGAUGAGUUUUGCUUUUCCUCUAGGUAUCUGCAAAUGAUGUGUAAGUAAGUUCCCAUGUUAACUCCGGGAGCCAAAAGUACUUGCCUACAGCUUUAAACAGCAAACCAAACAAACCGGGUUCAUUCAGGUUCUUUUACUGUUAUUAACUAAUACUUUUCUUAUCGGAGAAAGGGGUGCUUGUGUCUGAGGAUUAAUUUGGAGUGAUAAUAGUACUGAAACAUUACAGUCAGAAGCAGCGUGUGUGUAGAGAAAAAUCAUAUUUGAAUUAAGGUUCUCUUCCUUGCCAGAGAUAAGUAAUUCACCUUUCUCCACUAGAAACAUUUAUUGCUUUUAUUACCAGUAAAGUUGUUAAAUCGAGAUUUCUCCUCAUCCACAACACUCCCUUUCAAAGUAGUGCGUUAGACAGUUUCUGUUCUGUAUGAUAAUGCCUUUAAUAUGGAAUUCAACCUUAUUUAUAAUGGCUAUAGUUAAUGUAUCUUUUUAUAGCUGUAAGUACACAGAGGUGGUAUAUUUGACCUUCUGUAAUAUACUGUAUCUAGAAAUACAAAGCUAUAUAAUGUUAGAUUUCACUCCUUUUAAAAUUUACCCACAUGGGAUGGUUUUACAUAUGGCAAUGCUGAUUCGAACUGGAGACCAUGUUCAACAAUGAUAAAUAAAAUGGGGUAUUUGAGAAA